AUGGAGGGGAAAAUACUUCCCAUUUACUUGUUGUUGCUGCUUUCUGUUUUCUUGAUUCAGCAAGUUUCUUCUCAAGAUUUAUCAAGCUGUGCAGGGAGAUGUGGGGAAGGGUAUUCUAGAGGUGCCACCUGCAACUGUGAUUAUAACUGUCAACACUACAUGGAUUGCUGCCGUGACUUCAAGGAAUUCUGCGCUGUAGAGUUUUCCUGUAAAGGCCGCUGCUUCGAGUCCUUUAAAAGAGGGAGUCCGUGUGACUGUGACUCAGAAUGUAAGAAGUAUGGCAAGUGUUGUUCCGAUUAUGACAGUUUUUGUGAAAAAGUGCACAGUCCUGCAUCAUCACCACCUUCAAAGUCUGCACCUCCACCUCCAGGAGCAACUGAGACCAUUAAAUCAACAAACAAACAUUCACCCAAAUCAUCAAGCAAGAAGACUAAGAAAGUUAUAGAAUCAGAGGAAAUAACAGAGGAACACUCUGUUUCUGAAAAUCAGGAGUCUUCCUCCUCCUCUCCCUCAGCUUUUCGGAAAAUCAAGUUUUCCAAAAAUUCAGCUGCUAAUAGAGAAUUAAAGAAGAAACCCAAGGUAAAAGACAACAAGAAGAAAAGAACCCCUAAAAAGAAACCUACCCCAGAACCACCAGUAAUAGAUGAAGCUGGAAGUGGACCGGACAAUGGUGAUUUCAGGCUCACCCCAACUCCUAACAUUCCCACCACUCAACGUAAUAAAGUUACCACAACUCCCAAGGUUACAAUAGUAAAACCGAUAGUUUCUAAACCCAGUAUUCCACCUAAUUCUGACACAACUAAAGAGACGCCUUUGACAGCCAAUAAGGAGACAACAGAUGAAACUAAAGAGACUUCUACAACAAAUAAACAGACUUCAACUACUGCAAAAGAGAAGACUACUUCAGCUAAAGAGACACAAAAUGCAGAGAAAACAUCUACUAAAGAUUUUGCACCCACAUCUGAAGUUCCUGCUACAUCUACACUCAAAGCUGAAACUAUAAGCAAAUCCCCCGCUCUCACCUCUCCCAAAGAGCCAGAUCCCACCACCAAGGAAUCUACACCCACCACCACCAAGGAGCCAGCUCCCACCACCAAGGAAUCUACACCCACCACCACCAAGGAGCCAGCUCCCACCACCAAGGAAUCUACACCUAUCACCACCAAAAAGCCAGCUCCCACUACCAAGGAAUCUACACCCAUCACCACCAAAGAGCCAGCUCCCACCACCACCAAGGAGCAAGCUCCCACCACCAAGGAAUCUACACCCAUCACCACCAAAGAGCCAGCUCCCACCACCACCAAGGCGCCUGCUCCCACCACCCCCAAGGAGCCAGCUUCUGCCACCCCCAAGGAACCUACUCCAAGUUCUCCUAAUACACCUGCUCCAACCACCUCAGAGGCCUCUACUUCAACUAUCACCAUGGAGCCUCCCACUACUCCUAAGGGCCCUGCUGAAUCAACUGAGUUUCCUGUAGAACCCACACCAAAGACUCUUGAAAACAGUCCCAAGGAGCCUGCUGUACCUACAACCAAGGCUCCUAAAGUGACCAAACCUGAAAUGACUACAACAGCUAAAGACAAGGCCACAGAAAAAGACACAACUGAUACCAUGGCAUCAUCCAAAAUUACUCUUAAAGCAACAACUCUUGCACCCAAAGUAAUGACAGCAACAAAAAAGACAACUGAAGAGACUAAAAGCAAACCUGAACCAACAACAGCUAUACCAAAAGGUACAGCUACUAACUCUCAAGUGACAACUCCUAAACCCCCAAAACCAACCAAAGCACCCAAAAAGCUCACUUGUACCAAAAAGCCAAAAACACCUCAAGUGAGAAAACCAAAGACUACACCAACUCCCCCAAAGAUGACAUCAGCAAUGCCUAAAUCAAACCCUACCUCUUUAGCAGAAGCCAAGCUCCAAACCACCACCAGCCCUAACCAAACUCCCAACUCAGAAAUAAUCGAAGUAAAUCCAAAGAAUGAAGAUGCAGAUGCUACUGAAGGAGAAAAACCUCACAUGAUUCCUAGGCCCCCUGUGUUCACUCCUAUAGUUAUUCCAGGCACUGAUUUCAUAGGGAGAGGACCCAGUCAAGACAUUGGCAUCAACCCCGUGUUUUCAGAUGAGACUAAUUUAUGUAAUGGUAAGCCAGUAGAUGGACUGACUACUUUGCGCAAUGGGACAUUAGUUGCAUUUCGAGGUCAUUAUUUCUGGAUGCUAAAUGCAUUUAGUCCACCAUCUCCACCUCGUAAAAUUACUGAAGUCUGGGGCAUUCCCUCCCCCAUUGAUACUGUUUUUACUAGAUGCAACUGUGAAGGAAAAACUUUCUUCUUUAAGGAUUCUCAGUACUGGCGUUUCACCAAUGAUAUAAAAGAUGCAGGGUAUCCCAAACUAAUUCCCAAAGGAUUUGGGGGACUAAAUGGAAAAAUAGUGGCAGCUCUUUCAAUAGCUAAAUACAAGAACAGACCUGAAUCUGUGUAUUUUUUCAAGAGAGGUGGCAGCAUUCAGCAGUAUACUUAUAAACAGGAACCCACCCAAAAGUGUACUAGAAGAAAGCUUGCUAUAAAUUAUCCAGUGUAUGGAGAAACGACACAGGUUAGGAGACGUCGAUUUGAACGUGCUAUAGAACAUUCUCAAACACACACCAUCAGAAUUCACUAUUCACCCAUCAAAGUCACUUAUCAAGACAAAGGUUUCCUCCAUAAUGAAGUUAAAGUGAGUACACUGUGGAGAGGACUUCCAAAUGUGGUUAUUUCAGCUGUAUCACUGCCCAACAUCAGAAAACCUGAUGGCUACGAUUACUAUGCCUUUUCUAAAGAUCAAUACUAUAACAUCGAUGUGCCAACUAGAACAGCAAGAGCCAUUACUACUCGUUCUGGACAGACCUUAUCUAAUGUCUGGUACAACUGUCCUUAGACUGAUGGGCAAAGGAAGAAUCGACUAACUAAAAUGAAG